UAAACGUGAUUUGAUUGUAGAAAAGGUGAUGUAAAUAGGAUGUAAAAAAGAAUCCAGAAGAAAUGGUGAAGAGUGUACAUAAUUAAUUGAAAGAUAGACUGAACACGCGUCAACUUAAAGAAACAACGAAUGGUUUGUUUGCUACUGCGAGAGUGUGUGGCUGAGUAAAGGCCGACCUAAGCGUGUUAGAGUGGUAACCAUUUGUGGCCUACGGAGGCAGCUAGCAAAAUCAGAUCGCAAAUCGAUUUUUUUUGUUGCUCCUCCUGUUUUAAUCUCGCGCAAUCUUGCAACAUAGCCGACGAUCUUGCUCGCGUGAAACGCAGCGAACGGUGGCGAUAAAAGUGGUGAACAGAAAUGGCGACUGCUACGAGGCGAAUGAUAUGUUUUAUUAGCAACUCUCUCUUCUGGUUAAUACUGUUGUCGCAUUACCAGCAGUAUGUUUGUGUAAAAGUGCCUCGAAAAUACCUGCAAACCGAUUUAACGGAACUGGGUAGCAGCUUCUCGGUGCCAGUGUCUGUUGCAGCUCCGGGUAAAAAAAGUGACACCACCACCGAGCCCGAGAUGGGAGGAGCGGCAUCGAAUCGAUCAGUGGUGCCGUUGGACGAGAACAAGAAAAGUUUUGCCAAGCUAAAACUUUACCAGGAACAAUUAAAUGCCAAAAAAAUGCAACAAUUGCCCGGCCCUUUGAACAUAAACGAGGAAACCACACAUUUGCUCGGAGUGAAUGGCACGGGCCAGCGGAAAGAGUACGCGCUCGACGGUGACAGUGUGAACAAAACUGCUCUCAACACGGCGACAAAAUUGCUGGGUACGGCCGCUGGUCUUAAUGCAUCUUUAGUGCAAGAAUCUCCCGGACGUGAUCCAAUCAGUGAUACAAUCAACAUCGAUACGAUCGAGCGCACUGAGGCUGAAUUGAACAGCACGCUGCAAGAGCAUAACAUAACAAAAACGUUUGAAGAUAAUCAUCUCUACUACAAGAGCACCUGGUCCACCGAUAAGGCGAUGAGUGAAGAAUUUUGGAAAAAGAUAACCACGAACUUGACCGUCAAUAUGCUGCUUUCGAAUUCGCAUCGCCGAGCAACAACCAUGCUUUUGUCGUUCGAGUUUCCCUUCUAUGGUUUUCCCAUUCGAAACAUUACAAUUGCGAGCGGAGGGUUCCUAUAUACAGGCGAUUAUGUGCAUUCGUGGCUAGCGUCAACACAGUACAUAGCUCCUUUAAUGGCAAAUUUCGAUACGGCAUUGUCCAACAGCUCGCUCGUGAAGUAUCGUGAUGAUGGUGAAACGUUCAUUGUUGUUUGGGAGAAUGUUAUUCUGCAGGAUCGGCCAAAUAACGGCACAUUUACGUUCAGUGUAACGCUGAACAAGUCGGGUGAUAUUGUGUUUGCGUACAAGAAGAUUCCCAUCAGCAUCCAGCAGAUAUUUGAAACCCCGCUUACCAAAAAUCACCCGGUCAAGAUAGGACUUUCCGAUGCGUACAUCAUUGAUAAAACAAUUAUGCGUACGAAACAGAAAACCAUCUACGAAUAUCAUCGAGUGAACUUUGGCCAAACUGAAGUACAAAACGAUACCAUCAUCACGUUAACAGCUCUGCCCACCUGCUUUUCGUUCAAAGAUUGUGCAUCGUGCAUUUCUCACGAGGGAGCUGAUUUCGAGUGCUUAUGGUGUCCGACGAUCAAUCGGUGUUCCACCGGUACCGAUCGCAAACGACAAGACUGGGUACAUAAAGGAUGUGAAACGACCAUGAUUUCCGAGGUACAAUCCUGCCCGGCACUUGGUCAGAAAGGCAACAACUAUGGAGAAUCGGUGGAAGCAACUACCAAACCAAACGCAAACAGGUACAACAUUACCAACAAUGGUCGGGAUAAUCAACAGCCAACUCAAGAUCGGAAGCUGGACCAAAGCACCGCUCCGAACGGUGUUGUGUUGAAUGGCAGUGAUGUUUACCGAGGUUCCAAGAGCGAUGAUUUCGUCAACAAAGCACAUGUCUAUCACACGUCGGACAUGCCCAGUGGGUCGAGUAGUAAGCUGCUAGUGUCUAUGCUGAUUAUCCUUGGCAUCCUUCUCAUGUCCGGCUGUUGGGUGUUGUACGCAUAUCGGAACCCGCACACAAAGAGUGGUCAGCUGUUAAUUAGGUAUCGUCCCAACAAGUGGCUAUGGCGACGUGGCGAGGCACGGUACACCGCAGCUUCCAUCCACAUGUGAGAACGCGACUUACACUGAGCCCGAUGUCCAUGAAAUAUUCCGUCCACUUUAAUCUCGUCACGCUUUAUUUUUAUGCUCGAUCCCCAACUUGCACGACCUUCAUACUUCACAAAAAAUGCGUGUCCGAGUGCGAAUCUUCAGCAUGGUAAUUUGUUGUUAGCUUCUUUGUUUUUGUUUUACUGUAUUAUAGCUGAAUCUUUUUGAAUCAAAAUGUGCAAAAUUAAACCAGGCAAUAUUACAUUUCAGCUGAAUACUUUGACCAUGCCGGCCAUACUAUAGUGUGGUGUAUGGGGGGGGGAAGCAUGUUUGACAAUUGGCGGCACGCGUGGCAGUUGACUGUUUGAUUUUCAUAAAGCAAUGUAACAGAGCUUCUGUUUUUUUUUUUUUGGAGACUAUAAACUCAGAGUUUCUUGGUAGUCGUUCAGUAGCUGGAUAGAGACAUGAUACCGGUCCAGUCGUGUCAAGCGGGCUUCCGCCAAAUUACCGGCCCCGUCGUACUCUGUGCUAUCAACCCUACCGGUAACAAAUUUAUGUGAUAAAUGCCGGCAGCAAAGAGUUUUUAGAUCCAUUGCACACCUAAGAUUAACCGUUUCACGCUCCUUUAUUAGGAAGCUUAUUAAAUUCCGCUAAUUUGUCUAAAUCAAAUCAGAGUCAAAUAACGAGCGCAACUGAUUACAUGCCUAUUUUACUCCCGGAAAUAUUUCAACAACAACACGCGACAUUAAAUAAAAGGUGCACAGCAAAACGACGUUACGUUGUUGCAUUUGAUAGGCCUUUCCCUUUGCUUUUUAAAAGAGCACGUUAACAUUAGCAACUUUUCUCAGAAAGCAUCAGCGAAAAGCUCGCACCUACGAAUCCUUCAUUAAGAAACAAAACAAAACAACAACAAAACAGAAAAACAAAAAGGGAAAAAACAUAACAUGGGUACUGUGAAUCUUUAGUUCUUGCGACAUUUAUCUAAGCUAUUGUGCAUAAAAUAUCGUUAAAUUGUUAUAAAAUAGUGAUAAACGUGAGUCGUUGAAGUUUGACGAAUCUUAGUGUUGCAAAAUUUUACUUCUUUUUUUUACUUUAUCUAAACACACAAUGUGCACGCGUCACGCAAACCGUCCUAUUCCCACGUGGUAGAAAGGUGCAAUAACAUAUACUAUUAACCACUACGGAAUUAUCGAAGCACAAGGUGAAAGUUCAAGGCACGGGAGGUUUCCGUUCGUCAAUUCCCAUUCCCAACAUUAACAACAGAAACAGAAAAUAAUCUUAAUUUAUAUAAAAUCUCUUCUUCAUCUGCUUCGCCUGGUCGCAACUGGAAAUGCAAAUGGGAAGCAAAUCAAAAGACAUAACUCACACUAUCGGUGAAGACAUAGGCAAAAGACACACACGCUUAGAUAGUUUGCUGAACAAAUGUAGAUCAAAUUCGAAAACUUAAGUGCCUUACGGAGCUAGUAAGUGGAAUACUCAUGCGAAUAACACUCGAACUCAUAAGCAAACAUUCGAACGCAAAAGACAUUGUGACCAUGAGCUGCAACAAAAUCGCCGUAAAUAUAUUAUUUCAUUGAAGAAAGAUAUGUGUUAGACUAUAGCUACGAAUACGAAUGGCAAUCAUUAUAAUGUCAUCAUAAAAUAAAUAUAUUCAUAGUAGACGAAAUGGA